ACAAUCCGAGUCUGACGCUCAUAUCUCUCUUUCUUUCUCUCGAUACCUUUAUCUUUAUUCUCAGCCUUCUUUCUAUUUCCUUUUUCUCGUAUUUCAAACCCUAUGGAAAUGGAGGAUCAGUACGGCAUGCCUGAUCUGAGGCAACUUAUGAACGGCAGGUCGUCCCAUUUCCCGUCCAUCCCUCAGCCCCCAGAGCUGUUCUCUAGCCACCAUCGAAACCUCUCACCCAGCCACCACUACAAUAUGAUGAUGGUGGGUCGUGAAGUAGGGGCCGAUGUGUUGUCCCGUGGCCUUCCCGAGUUUCGCUCUGAUUCUGCUCCAAGUGUCGCUGCCACUACUCCCACCAAUGCUGUCGCCACUUCUGCGUCAACUCCUUCGUUCAGUGGGUUUGAGACCGAGACUGCAGGGUGCUUAGGAGGUGAUGGCGGCACUGGAAGAUGGCCCAGACAAGAGACUCUCACUCUUCUUGAGAUCAGAUCUCGACUGGAUCCCAAGUUCAAAGAGGCAAAUCAAAAGGGCCCUUUGUGGGACGAAAUUUCAAGGAUCAUGUCUGAGGAACAUGGUUACCCAAGAAGCGGUAAGAAAUGUAGGGAGAAGUUUGAGAACUUGUACAAAUAUUACAAAAAGACAAAGGAAGGCAAGGCUGGAAGACAAGACGGAAAGCACUACAGGUUCUUUCGCCAACUCGAAGCUCUCUAUGGAGAAACCAGCAACACCACCCCAGUCCCAGAAACCCAUUUUGCUGGACAUAGUCUUCGAUUUCAUAACACAAGCCAGAACACAACUCCAGCAAAUCAAGAGGCUUUUCAUUCUCAAAAGCAUUGUGAUCAUAGUCUUAGCCUCUCUAAUUCCUGUGAGUACGAUACCUCUUCCUCCAAUGACAAUGAUCUCAGCACCACGGUGCUGAGGGAGAACGAUUCGGCGGAGAAGCGGAGGAAGAGGAAAGGUGGAAGGAGCUGGAAGGCUAAGAUAAAGGGCUUCAUUGACUCGCAGAUGAGGAAGUUGAUGGAGAAACAAGAGGCAUGGUUAGAGAAGCUGAUGAGAACUCUUGAACAGAAGGAACAGGAGAGGCUGUUAAGAGAGGAAGAGUGGAGGAAACAAGAGGCAGACAGGAUAGAUAGGGAGCACAAGUUUUUGGCUAAAGAACGGGCUUGGAUUGAAGCUAGGGAUGCCGCUUUAAUGGAUGCCUUGCAGAAAAUUACAGGAAGCGAAGUGAAGGCUUCAUCGUCUGAGGGUCUAAUGGCCGCUGAAAUCCAAAACCACAGUGAAAACCAGAAUGAGGAUGGAAGUGAAAUACUAAAUAAUGGUGGGAAAGGUGAAAGUUGGCCGGAAUCUGAGAUUUCGAGGCUGAUACAAUUGAGAAAUGCCAUUGAGUUAAGAAUUGGGCCAAGUGGGUGUUCAGAAGAGGUUCUGUGGGAGGAAAUAGCAGGAAAGAUGGCUUGCUUAGGAUAUGAAAGGAAUGCUUUAAUGUACAAAGAGAAAUGGGAGAGCAUCAAUAGUUAUCCGAGAAAAACCAAGGCAGGUCACAAGAAGCGCAAGGAGAAUUCACGAGGCUGUGCUUACUUUCAGAACAGUGGAUCGUCCUUAUACAAUCAAGGAGGAGCCUUCUGCGAAAUCAGCGAACAAGAGCCAGAGACGGUGAGACUACAAGGGAAUGAUGGUUCUUCCCCUUCCAAUUCCAAUGUCGGAAAUUCUGUGCACGAGAGCUGCUUUCCUUUCUUGUUCGGCGAUGGGGAGAACUUGUGGGACAACUAUGGUUUGAAGGUCAACAAAGGCGAUCACAACCAGUAAGUACUAAAAGCGCAUUGGCGGCUGGCGAGGAAACCUGAAACUGGGCGGGUGAAGUAUUUGACUUAUUAAUUAAGAGGUAAGAGAUUUGAAUUACAAUAUAAGCCAUGGGAAAGUGGCCGACUGUGAAAGGAAAGAUCAGCUGACUGAGGAUCAUUAAUUAUGUAUAGGGGUUGAUAUCUAGUGGGUAUUAGAACUUCAGAAUAUGGACAUUUAAGACAAAAUAAUGGGUUUUUUGUUUUAUCAGUUGAUUGUGGAAGCUGGGAUGUUGCGAUCAUGUUGCUCAAAGUGGUGCGGUUAUCAUCUGAUCAACACUUGUAAGAUUUCCAUUUUGUGCUGGAUUUCCUUCUUGUG